AUGCGCCUCAGCCUGAGUGAUUCUGUCGACGAACAUCCCGCCAGCGCCAAUCAUUCCAGCACGUCACGCGGCGCCUGCAGCCGCCGCGCAUCCACGUGGUCCGCAGCGGAGAAGAAGAAAAACCGGUUGCGGGUAGUCGCCGCGGCGGCCAGCGCCGCUGCCCCUGUUUUGCUGGUGGAGGGCGGGAGAACGCGCGAGGCGCGCGCGGCGGGGUGCUUAGACGCGUUGAUUUGCUUGAAGAGCGCGCAAAUUGACUCGGUGAGGCGGGAACGCGCGGGACUGAGCGCACAACUGGCGGAAGGGUUGAGGCGGGUGCUGAGCAUGGAAACGGGGAUGGCGGAGAGACGACUCACUAUCGAGAGCCUUGUUUCACGAAUAUCAGAGAAACGGGAUAUGAAACGUAGAGGCGGGACGACAGACGGCGGGAAGGGUGUGAUGGGGGAGGCGAUCGAGAGGGAGGGCGCGGAAGAUGGCAUGGAAAUCCUAGAUAAUGAUGAAGACGAAGAUAUGCUGGACGAUGUGGGGUGUGAUGGGGUUAGGAGCAGUGUGAAGGAGUUAAGAGCGGUGCUACAGUUUGAGAUACGCGCGAUGAUGGCUGACAUGAGACGCCUGGAGCUCGCCGUCCUUCACACGCAUUUGCCUGCGUCUUUCAGGCUGAAAAGGCUGAUUUUCCUCGCACAUUUCCAUCCAUCUGACUCCAUCGCAGGUGAGUUGCGGCGCAAAUCGGCGGAGCUGGAUAGCAUGAGAGAGGUGAGGGGGCAGCUGGUGCGGCGGAAAGACAUGCUGGGGCAGCAGCAGCUGCUGCUUCCAGCAGGCUAG